CCGCUGAAUUAUGACUGGCCUGUGCUCGAACAUCUAGAGUUGGAGUGUUGCAUUCUCGAUACAAGGAGGAUCUCAUCGAGCUCACUCAAGGUUCUACAUAUCAUCGACUGCAUCAUUGGCAAUGAUCUCCUGAUUGGUGCUAGGAAGCUUACCCAUCUCUCUGUCAUUGACCCAGAAUGUCGUCGUGGUGCUAUAGUUACCUGGGAUCUGUCUUCUCUAGUGUCAGCUUCGCUUAGUCUAGGGUCUGAGUUUCAUUAUGAUGAUAACACAGAAGUAGAUCAUCAUCUACUUGAUGGCCUUUCACAUGCCACAACAUUGGAGUUGCAUGCACCGUUACCUGAGCUCACAUUCGAGAGGGGUUUGCAAGCAUGCCCGAUGUUUAGCAAUCUGACGAGCUUGGUGCUGGGUGAUUGGUGCAUGGCUGCUGACUUCUACCCACUGUUCCGUAUUGUCCAUCGCCCGCCCAUGCUGAAAGAGCUAACUGUUAAGCUCAAGAUGGAGCACUGUGAAACACGCAAGGAGGUUGAAUCUGCUUCAUUACCAUCAAGGCAAGCACCGGCAAUCAGGGGCUAUCCUCGUAUCGAGAGAAUCAAGAUAUGCUGCAGCAAAGAUGAUCCUAGGAUCGGUACGUUGGUGCAGGCGCUGCUACCGAUCUUCAUCCCAGACGGGAAAAUCAGUAUCGAGGGUUACUAAUCAUGUUUGUGUUAAGGCCUUGUUUUCGGACCUGUCCCCCUCUUGCCACAUUUGGUUAGUGCUAAGUUUGUCAAGAGCUGCGCUUUACCCUUUUCUAGACGCCGACAUUAACUGGAGAGGGGGGAGCUGAUAUUCUUCUUCUGUUUGGCUAAAUCUGUCCAGACAUUACACAUUCUUGUGUUUACACUUAAGUUAAUCAUGUUUCA